AUGUAUCUGUAUCCAACAUCAGGUGCAGGUGCAUGCGUAUGUGAUGUAGAUUUGGCCAUGGCCCUGGACUCAUGGCUCACCAAGGUCCGCUCCGCCAUCGCCUCCCCCCGGACGCCACCCUCCAACAAGGCCCCCCACGUCGGCAUCCUCGCCUUCGAGGUCGCCAGCCUCAUGUCCAAGCUCCUCCACAUCUGGCGCGCCCUCGGUGACGCCGCCCUCGCCCGCCUCCGCCACGACCUCAUCAACCUCGACGGAGUACGCAAGGUCGUCUCCGACCACGACGCCGUCCUCCUCGGCCUCGCCUCUGCUGAACUAGCCGACGCGCUGCGCCUCGCCUCCCGCUCUGUCGCCGCGUUGGCCGCGCGCUGCGCGGAUCCAUCCCUCCGCGAGUUCGCUGACGCCUUCGCGGAGUUCGCCGACACUGGCCGUGACCCACACCGUUGGGUGGCCACAUGGAAGGAGAUGGACACGAGGGCGCACAAGAUGGAGAAGCAAGUCGCCGCCACCACCGCGCUUCGGAGAGCCAUGGAAGAGCUGGCCGACGCCGAGCACGGCCUCCGCAAGCUCCUCCAGAGCGGCGGCGCCGGAUGCCAUCGCCGUAGCCUGUCGGCGAGCAAGAUCUCGGUGGCGGCCGAGCAGCAGCAGCUCAUAUUCGCCAAGAAGCAGGAGGUGAAGCACCUCAAGCAGACCUCCCUCUGGGCCUGCACCGUCGACGCCGUCGUCUCCUCGCUCGCGCGGGCGGCAUUCACCAUCCUCGCGCGCAUCAAGUUCGUCUUCGGCGCCGGCCACGAUCACCGGCCGACGCCACUUCACCGGAGCCUCACGCUCUCCUCGGCUGUCCACCCGUCCGCCGACACUCAGUCCCCGCCGCCGUUGUCGCGGAAGUCGAUGUCAAUGGAGGAGGCGCUGUUCAUGAAACGGCGCGGGUUCUUGGAGUACAGCUCUGCGGCGCUGGUGCCCCCGCCGGGGACGCUGGGCGCGGCCGCGCUGGCGCCGCGCUACGCCGGACUGAUCAUCUCGAUCGAGAGGAUGGCACGGUCGCCGCGGCUGGUGGGGCCGGAGGAGCGCGACGAGCUGUACGGCAUGCUGACCGCCAGCGUGCGCGCGCAGCUUCGCGCGAGGCUGCGUGGCGCGGUGGCGGAGGCCGACACGGGGCUCGCGGGGCAGUGGCGCGCGGCGCUGAGCGGGAUCUUGGAGUGGCUGGCACCGAUGGCGCACGCGACGGUGCGGUGGCAGGCGGAGCGCAGCUUGGAGCAGAGGAAGACGACGACGGAGACAGCCGGGGCCGGGAGGGGCGGCGUGCUGCUGCUGCAGACGCUGCAAUUGGCGGACCGCGGCAAGGUGGAGGCGGCGGUGGCGGAGCUCCUGGUGGGGCUCAACUACAUCUGGCGGUUCGAGAAGGAGAUGAGCUGCCGUGCGCUGUUCGCCAUGCACGCUGUCACUGGUGCCGGCGCCGGCGGCGAGGUUGAGCUCGCCGCAAGUGGCAAUGGAACAGUAAUACCAUAGUACAUCACAGAUACGUCAGGUAAGGUAAUCACAAUUAAACCUGAGUAGCACAAAGUAUGUACGUACCGAUGGAAUUGGCAGCAGAGAAAGUAAGAAGGGAAGGAAGAUCGAUGGGAUGUGCAGGUAGCCAGCUCGAUAUGUGUGUGUGUGAAUGUAAAUGCAAAUUGCAUCAACUUGCAAAUAUAUGGUGCCCAUCCAUGAUCCAUACAAUGAUGCAGCCACACUAAACGAGGAUGCAUGGGUAGAAGAAAGUAAAGUUGAAACAAUUAAGCAUGAUAUGCAUAGUACUAUAUGUGAUGUGUGUCCGCUCCAAUGGCGGCGACUGUAAAUCCAAGAUUAUAUUUGCUAGCUAGCUUCUUCA